CUCUGGUAAAGUCUUUCACUUGACCACUCCCUGUUACUCUGUUUGAAAUAAUUUUAGGCUCUGUGCAGCUUGCACCACAAGCACACUGCUCUGGGGUUGGAUUUUCUGUAGAAUUGAAAGCUACAGCUGAGUCAGACAAAAUGAUACUAGUGCUGUCCAGUGCUACGUGCUAUGCCAGUGUAACACCUAUUAAACAUUGCAACUAACUUCUCUUUUUGAUAUGACUGCAUUUGUACUUUUUGCAGACACUGCAACCUAUUAGAAUUUGUGUAGAAACAUUUGUUUGUAUUUUAUAUACAGGUAUGUUUACUGUGUGCUAAAAAGUGUGCUAAAAAACAAAAUCUCCAUGCUGUGCCUAAACUCAUUGCAUACGGUACUAAGAAUUGGAAGUAUUUAUCGUAGCCUAAGGUGCUUGUAUUUGUAUUAGUACUAUAUGCUGCUUUGUAAUCCUAUUGCAGUCCAUGCUGCCAACUUGCUUAGUGGCGGUAUAAUGGACAAAGCGUGCAAUUCUUUCCUUCAACUAGCAAAAUGUCCGAUUGCCACCUCUAGUGAAGACAAUGUAAUUGGCAAAUGUAGAAAUUAAGUUCUAGCAAGACAUACCCACAGAAGAAUUGCAUGUAGCACUUCAGAGAAAGUUUGGCGAAAUUCAAAUUAGCUACAGUUGUUUGCAAAGUUUAUCAAGGAUGUGAUUUAUAUUCUGUUGAAAGAAGCAAGCUGUGAUUGCAAAGUUUGACUUUCUCAUUGGAAUCAAUUUGAAGGCUGCACAAGAAAACACAGUACUUAGAGACUGCUGGCAUCAAUGUCUCAAACAACAUUGAUAGCAGUAUGUGCAUGUGAGUGAAUUAGUUUAAGCUUCUUUGUGAAAUAGUGUACAAACGCACAACUGUCAUGUACUCUGAAUAUGGUGUCACAACUUUAAUUUGUGGGAUACCAUUGCUUACACAGGCGUACUCUGACCAGACCUCUCAACUUUUUUUUGCACCAAAUCUUGAGACUGUCUUUAGUAAAUGACCACACUCAUCAAACGUGUCCAAAGUGGGCAUUGUUUGCAUGUUGGCCUUGCUUUACGUUUCUGUACAGGUGCUAAGGCUUUGCCUCGAACUUCCAAGUGUUACUUUUACUGCAGUUAGCUACCCUGCCCGGAUAACCCAGAUCCAAGUAAGCAGAGCCGUAUAUGAGAGUCUAGUUCAAAGAAUCCGCAAUGUCCUGAAAGACGAGGCUACACAAAGAGACUGUCAGAGUGUCUCACCGUAGGCUUGUUGGGAGAAAGGACUGGCAAUCGUGAGAUCGUGAGACAUGCCUGUAAAAUGUGAGUUUCUUGGUAAAAUCGUGAAAGUUGAGAGGUCUGUCUGACUGUGUCACAUAACCUCUCCUAGAUUAGGGACAUACUGUUAAACCUUAAGGUGUGUCUAUAUGGCAGUCUCUAAAUGUCUACUGGUUCUUACAACUGUUUUACAUUAAGUGGGUACUCGCAAGUUUUCACAUUAUGUAGGUUUUUGUGCUUCUUGAACAAAGUUUUUAUGAGAUUUGUUGCCUAAGGUAGCUAUGUAGAGUCAAUCUUUGUUUGCAAUGCCAUGCAGCACAUAGAUAUAAAUGUUGUACAAGAUGCUACUAAUUCUACAGUAUGUACAGUGUAUAACAUUGUGUCAUACUGUGGCUGUUAAUUAAGGAGUAUGAAGCAUUUUAUUAUGUAAAAUUCAGCAAGUAUCCGAAGAUUACCAGGAAAGUUAUGUCUGAAGAAGAUGGAGGAACAAAGGGUGGUCUUCCACCAAGACCAAGAAGAAAUGACACUAAGCAGGGCAGUAAUCCAUUGCUACCAAAAAUACCAAAUCCACCUGUUGCUCAUCGGCGUCUCAGUGUGGGCAGUAGCUGCAGCACCACAAGCAGUGGCCCAUCUUUAUCAGGACAUGUAAAGAAGAAAGCUAGCAGUGCAGGAAAAGUGCAGGAGAAAAGAAAAGAAACUGAUUGUUUUGAUAAUAAACCAGUUGAUCUUUCCUCCCUGAACUUGGCUGGAACCUCAAUAAGGCAAAUCACUACUCCUAUCAAUGCGUCUUCUAAAGGGAUGGUUGUAAAUAUGAGAGAGAUGUUGAAUUCUGCUGUAUUAGGUGAAACACAGAAGGCGUUGGGAGAUGGAAGGUUGAUGAAGCCAAUUGCAGCAUUUGCUGGGGAUGAUGUUGAGACUAGGGAACUUGCCGCUGUGAUAAGCAGGGAUAUUUACCUUGAAAAUCCAGAUGUUCGGUGGAACGAUAUCAUUGGUCUUGGUGAAGCUAAGAGGCUUGUAAAAGAAGCAGUUGUAUAUCCUAUAAAGGUGUGUAUAAUGGUCAGUUUACAGUGA